GCGUGUGUGUGUGUGUGUGAGAGAGAGAGAGAGAGGGAGGAAGAAGGGAUGUGAGAUCAGACAGGUAUCAAACUCCUCUCUGUCUCCUCCUUUCAGACCAUUUUCAGUUAAACUGUCAGAGGGGCCUGAAGCAUAUUCAGAGAGUUUGUGAAGAGCUAAAUCAUGAUGUCUGAUUCCAGGGUGUCCUCAGUCAUCCAGGAGUGGGCCAGCAAUUACUCGGGGCAGACCCACACCCUGAACCAUGCCACACCAAGCAGUCAGCUGGCUCAGAUGGACAUGACACCAUACGGCCAGUCUCAGGGACUGGUGAGAGGGGGCAGUGAUGACAUGAUGGGACUGUCUUACCUGCCGUACACGUCUUCCAGUCUCGGCAACAACUUGAGCCCCGGGAGCACAAACCACCACCACAGCCACGCCAACACUCAGCAGGACUUCUCCUCCUUCCUCUUGCCAACUCUGCGGGCCCCGGUAAACAAGAGGAGCAUCAGCAAGGACAGCGUGGAGUACCGCCUGCGGCGCGAGAGGAACAACGUCGCUGUGAGAAAGAGCCGGGACAAGGCCCGCAGGAGGAUCCUGCUGACCCAGCAGAGGGCCAUGCAGCUGCAGGAGGAAAACCAGAAGCUGCAGAUGAGGAUAGGGCAGCUGUCCCAGGAGCUGGACUCUCUCAAACACAUCCUGUCACAGCGGCACGUGCAGGGAGCGGAGGAGGGAGCAGCAGGGGCGUCCAGUAUCUAGAACCACAUUUGUACCUUGAUUUUAGGCGUCUUUAGGCCUCCACAUGCCUCCUUCCUUGUUGAUUUUUCAACUAAAGAAGUGGGGAAGUAAUGCCAGGUGUAAAAGGGCUCAGUUGUAGUUUCGUAUUGUACAAUUGUGAGGAGAGCAGGCGAUAACUGCCAUUGAGGACACUGCAUGGCCUCUGUCUUUUUUUUCUGGGGUUUUUCAGGCACAAUUACAUUCUUCAAUUGACGUUCAUAAAAGCCCUGUAAACUGUUGUCAUUGGUUGCUUUUCCUGUUGGGCUCUCUCUGCUUUAAAAAAAAAUAAUGAAGCAAUGUGUCCAAAGCAGCGUCUCAUUCAUUGAAGACAAACAAUGUCUUUAGUUGGCUGAAAGGACCGUCGCUGGCAGAUUUGAUCGGUUGUAACUUGCCAUUGGAAGCUAUUGCUACGUCUGUCUGCAGCAGACUUUUCAACGUUUCCAGCUGACUCUUUCUCCACCCUUAAGAUAUAUAUCACUACAGCCCCAUAUGCAUACCUUUAACAUGUGGAAGAAUCCAACGCUUGACAGGUUGCAAGUCAAUUCUGCUCAUAAUUCAGUUCCUGACAGUGUGGAUUAGGCUUUAAAACAGCAUUUCAUGGUGGUAAAUAACAGACAAUACACAGUAUAAAUUAACUGAAUUUGGUGUCCGGUCAGAAUUCUCCGAGUGUGUGGGAAGUUCCUCACGACCUCAUGGGUUUAUGAAAAUAAUGGCUACAGCCCUGUUCACUAGACCUUUGAAUAAUUGAAUUAAGCACCUGAAUAUAAAGCAGGAAGACGUGUGGUGGGUUUUGAAUGGAGACGUCAUUGUAUUUUCCAAACUGUGAGUGCGGAGACUGGAGAGUGCACAGGAACCUUAAGCGGGUCUGUGGAUGAGAUUUGUAAAACGGCUGUGUGAGAUGGGAGAAGUUGUGCCACAGCUCUAGAAAACCUAAACACUAAACAAAUGUGUCUAGAAACAAAAAAGUCCAUACGUUUAAAAGCUGCGUAUACUUCAAUUUAGCAAAUUCCAAAUGAACUUUCCUUCAAGGCCCUGAAGACAACGUCCUCACAUACGUGCACAUCCUCAGAAGAAGACCCUUCUGUGCAUUAGACAGAUUUGUUUUUUGAUUGAACAAACGUUGCCUAAUCAUCGCCACUUCUUGUCAUUGUCAGAUAUGAUUGUAAGUGUUGUUGCCCAACAAGGUUACACAACCACCUGUGGUUAGUAAGGGAUUCAAUGAAAUCGAAGUGUCUCUCUCCGUGUAUUACUUCUCUUGUCACUAAAUGAGUUUGGGAUUACUUGAAAUAAUGUCGACGCAGUUUUGAUGUAAUCUU